AUGGCGCUGAUGCUUGGGGUUCUCAAAGGCCAGAAACGCCCCCUUUGGAUGCAUCAGAGUACAGUUCUUAUGACCAGAACACUCUUAGGGGUCCCCCGUGGCAAGUUCAGUCACAAGGCGCUAACGCUGACAAAUGUUAUUACGCUGGCGGUGACCCGGCAAAUGUCUCCUGGCAAGCUUCACAAAUUGCAGGUGGAGCACGUCAUUAUGGUGUCACAGACCACACAAGAUGGUCAAAUACAGCACAACAAGGUGGAUGGGACUGCCGCUGAUACUGAAGUGAAUGAUGAAACUGACGACGACGCACAAGGGGAUGAAGAUGGUGGGAAAUCAGAGAUCGUGGUACCUCAGCCACCGUACAUUGGGCAGAGAUUUGAAUCGUUCGAAGCAGCAAAGGAAUACUACCAGACAUAUGCAAAGUUCCAUGGAUUUGCGGUCAACACCGAGUACCAUAGGAAAAUUAAGAAAACUAACGAGUACAGCAGAGGUGAGAUGAGGUGCCACAAGGCGCGGAGGAACAAGAAGGGGAAAGGCGAUGCGCCUGUCGUUCCGGAACGAAAGAGAGGUAUCAUUCUCAAGACUGAGUGCCCUGUCCGGUGUAAGCUAAACGUAGAUGGAGCACAGUGGGUGGUCAAUGAAUAUUUUGACGAGCACAACCACCAACUUAUAAAGAAGUUCGACCUGGUGAAAUUUCUGACCGCCCACGGAGGGUUCACCCCUGUCGAAAGGCAAUUCGUAAAGCUGCUACAUGAUUGUAACGUCGGUCCAUCAAGAAUGGUGCAGAUACUAUCUCUCAUCCACAGCAAAAAGGGGACUCUGAGUAGCAUGCCGUACAUACCAGCUGACGUCACAAACCUACAGGCCAGGUACCGUAGAGAGAGCAAGUUGGCAGACAUAGAGGCCACAAUUGCCUACUUCGAUGCGAAAGCCAAGGAAGAUCCAGAUUUCUUCUACAGGAUAAGGUUGGACGAUGAGGACCGUGUCAGGAACAUGUAUUGGGUGGAUGGUGCUGCAAGGAGAGCCUACAAACAUUUCCGAGAUUGCAUUUCAUUCGACGCGACGUACCUCACCAAUAUGUACAAGAUGACAUGCGCUCCGUUCAUAGGAAUAAAUAACCACAAUCAGUCGUUGCAGUUUGGCUGCGGGCUCAUCCGGAACGAAGACACGGAUGGGUACGUUUGGCUGUUCAAGACCUUCUUGGAGUGCAUGGAUGGACUUGCUCCGAUGAACAUAAUAACAGACCAAGAUUUCAGCAUGCGUGCAGGCAUAGAGGAGGUCUUUCCGUUGGCAGUGCACAGGCACUGCAGGUGGCACAUUAUAAAGAAGGCUGAGGAGACGCUAGGACCGUUCUUUGCUGACCGUCCAGAGCUUCACAAGGCAUUCGAGCUGUGCGUGGACCACAGCUUGACGGUGGAGGAGUUUGAAAGGAGCUGGAUGGCCAUGACUGAAACACAUCAAACUACGCAGCGCAGCGAGGGGUUCAAUGCUGUUUUGAAGCGGUACGUCAGCCCUGGCAACUCAUUGCUACAGUUUGCCAAGCAGUACACAGCUUUGCAACAAAAAAUUCUGGGAUCUGAGCUACAGCAAGAAGCGACCACGGCACUAAAGCAGCCAAAAUUGCUAACGUAUUUACCGAUAGAGAGGCAAAUGAGCAAGAUAUACACCAACAAGAUCUUUAACAAAUUCCAGGAAGAAAUAAAGUGUGCCAGCAUGUUCACGGCUUUCCAGGUGGACGAACAUACGUUCAAGGUGUGUUCUAUUUUGGGCAUGUCAGAUUCAGAACCUAAAGACCCGGAAAAAGGAAGGAACUACUUCGUCAAAGCCUCGAUAGGCAAAGGCGAGUACUACUGCCAAUGCUGCAAGUUCAAAUGGGACGGCAUUGUGUGCUGUCACAUACUAAAAGUAAUGGACAUGAACGUUGUGGCACGGAUGCCCCACCAUUUCAUAAGGAGGCGAUGGACUUGGGACGCUGACGACGCGUUGGCGCCGCAGACAACACACGCAGUUCUGGCUGUGCAUGACGAGAGACCUGAGUCAACCAUGGAAGCCGUGAGGCACGUUGUGCUGACAAAGAACUAUGUUGAGAUAAUUGAUGAAGCGUGCAAGAGUGAUGAGACAGCGAGAGUCGCAGAAAAACACAGGAAGGCACUGAAAAGAGAGCUUGAUGAGAUCAAGAAGAGGAAAGCUGAGGAAGCCUUACACCGGCUCCCCCGCACAUCAAGUGUGCCUUCAUCCACGGGGCCAUCAUCUGAAAACUCGGAGAUAGGAUCUGGAACAGCAAGCACACAGACCCAGGUCAGGAACCCACCCCGUUCCAUCACAAAGGGCCGUCCAAGAGAGGUAAGGUACAAGUCGGGAUUGGAGAUCCAAGCAAAACACAAGAAAACGAAGAAAGGGGCGGGCAAUCCAUGA